AAAUAUGACAUAUAUUUGGUCAAUAUGACAUCAACUUGACAUCAUCUUGACUUUUUAUUUUCCUUGGAUAUUAAUGUGAAUAUAAAUACGUGAUAGGGGUCAAAACAGAAGAAAUUCUGCUGUCUCACAUUGUUGUUGAGAGCGUCAUCGUAGUUAUUCAAACCAUUAUGACUAUACUCAUAAUCUUCCCCAUAUGGGGAUUGGAAUGUAAAGGAUCAAUAUUCGCUGCUUUCGUCUUUAUAUUUCUCAACGGAUUUUGUGGAUUGAUGUACGGUUUUGUUAUAUCUAUCUUUUGCACAUCUUUUUUCUCGGCCCUCUUCUCUUCAUCCGGAAGUUUGUUGCCGAUGAUAUCACUGAAUGGAAGUUUAUGGCCAUUGGAGGGAAUGCCGAAAGUGCUUCGCUGGAUUAGCUACCUCGUACCAACUACAUUGCCCUCCCAAUCUUUGAGGGGAAUCAUUUUCAAAAAUUCUGCAAUAUCUGAUUCUGAAGUUUAUAUUGGUUUUUUUACAAUAUUAGGAUGGAUAAUGCUGUUCUUUGUUGUAACUAUAUUUGGUAUAAGAUUGAAAUCGUCGUAAUAUUAUCAAGAAAUGUAAAAAGAA